AUGUUUCCGCAGCCUCUCAUCCCGGUGGUGGCCAGGGGCCCGAAGAUGGGGGGCAGCUCGGUGCGGCGGGCCGCCGUCUCCGCCAGGACCCGCUCCCACGGGGCCGGUGGCGCCCUGCUGCUGCCGUCCAUGCUGAUGUUUGGCGUGAUCGUGGCCUCCAGCGGCCUCCUGCUCAUGAUCGAGAGGGGCAUCUUGGCCGAGGUGAAGCCCCCGCCGCUCCAUCCCUCCCGCGGAGAUCUGUCCAGGGCCCCCGCGGCGCCAGAGGAUGUAGGGUACCAGGUGCUGCAAGAUGUCCGCAACAGGACGAUCCGUACCGUGUGCGGGCAAAAGAACAUGCCCCACGGGGUCUGGGACCUCUCCGCGGGCCAGAGGAGGACGGUACUGAAGCACAUCCUGGUUAGCGACAAGCAUCGCUUUUUGUAUUGCUACGUUCCCAAAGUGGCCUGCUCCAACUGGAAACGAAUCCUUAAAGUCUUAGAUGGCGUUCUGGAGAAUGUGGACGUGAAGCUCAAAAUGGACCACAAAAGAGACCUGGUUUUCCUAAGUGACUUGAAACCGGAGGAGAUCCGUUACCGGCUAAAGCACUAUUUCAAGUUCAUCUUCGUCCGAGACCCGAUGGAGAGACUUUUAUCGGCGUACAGAAAUAAAUUUGGAGAGAUCAAAGAUUACCAGUUGAAAUAUGGAGUGGAAAUAGUCAAAAGGUAUAGGAAAAACCCAGGGAAGACCACUGGAGAUGACGUCACUUUCUCGGAAUUCCUCCGGUACCUCCUAGAUGAAGACGUGGAGAAAAUGAACGAACACUGGAUGCCCAUCUACAACUUGUGCCAGCCCUGUGCGGUGAGGUACGAUUUCAUCGGGUCCUAUGAAAGACUAAAUGAAGAUGCCAGUUAUGUUCUGGAACGGGUUCAAGCGCCAUCCUUCAUACGCUUCCCCGAAAGACAAUCAUGGUACAAUCCAGUGACUCCUCAAACUUUGCAUUACUAUCUGUGUAACACUCCAAGGGGGCUUAUCAAAGAGCUACUGCCAAAGUACAUUUUGGAUUUCUCUUUGUUUGCUUACCCUCUCCCAAACGUCACGAGUGAAUUUUGCAGGCAGUGAACUUCGGUCCA